UGAUUUCACCCGAGUUGAGGCGUAAAUCCACAAUAAAAACAAGUGCUUGAAGUGAAACGAGAAUUGAAGUUCUCGUUUUUUUUUGGGUUGAUUCAUAUUGGAUUAUUGACUGUGCCUCGGGAUUUCUUUGUGUUUCAUUUAUUUAUUAAUUAAUUAAACUAUUAUGCUUUCCAGUAAAAAAGACAAAAUCAAGAAAAUAUCUUUGGGGAGCUGACAAACAAUUGGUUCUGCUGUCCUUUUCCGAAUGAAAAGUGUGGUUCCCCCACUUUUAAUUAUUUCUCUGCUCAUUUACCCGUCUCACUUUUCAUGUAAAUUAUUGGACCUGUGCCGGAAGCAAUGCCUUGCUAAGCACAAAGAGGCAGAUCACAUAGGGCUACAGGAACAAGAAAGAAAGAUCAAACAAGCUGAGAGAUGAAGAAAGUAGAGCUCAUAUUCAUUCCAACACCAGGAAUCGGACACUUGGUCUCAACUAUUGAGUUUGCAAAGCGCCUUAUCCAUCAAGAUGAUCGAAUUUGGAUUACUAUUCUUUCCAUGAAGUGGUUUUCAAGUUUUAUGGAUGCCUACACCAAAUCACUUACUGCUUCGCAACCUGAUCGAAUCCAACUAAUUGACAUUCCUCAGGUAGAUCCUCCCUCAUUAGAUCUUUUGAAGUUAUCAGCAGAAGCCUAUAUUUAUGCAUCCAUUGAAAGCUACAUUCCUUCUGUUAGAAAUGCUGUCAGAAAUCUUGUGUCAAUAAAAACUAGCUCGGAUUCAACCCGAGUUGCUGGAUUAGUUCUUGAUCUGUUUUGUGCACCCAUGAUUGAUAUUGCAACUGAAUUGGAUCUUCCUUCUUAUAUAUUCUUAACCACAAAUUCAACGUUCUUGGGUCUUAUGCUGUACCUAACAACUCGACAUAGCCAGAACUGCUCAGAAUUUGAAAGCACGGAUCCUGAUCAUUUAAUCCCAGGAUUUGUCAAUCCUGUCCCUUCAUGUGUUCUGCCUUCAGCUGUGUUUAACAGAGAUGGCGGUUAUACCGCAUAUUUCAAGAUUGCCGAAAGGUUUAAGGAUGCCAAAGGUAUCAUGAUAAAUACGUUUGAAGAGCUGGAGUCUUAUGCUUUUAAUUGUUUUUCCAAUGGCCAAAACCCUCCAAUUUAUCCAGUUGGACCAGUGAUUCACCACAGUUGGCUGCCUCACCCUGAGUUGGACUUGGCCCAACGCGACAAGGUCAUGAAAUGGCUUGAUGAUCAGCCUCAAUCAUCAGUGGUCUUUCUUUGCUUUGGAAGCAUGGGAAGCUAUGGAGCACCCCAAGUGAAAGAAAUAGCACUUGGGCUAGAGCAGAGUGGAUGCAGAUUCUUAUGGUCCUUGCGUGUGCCACCACCACCAAAACCAGAAAAUGAUGCUUCAGGAAUUGUUCAUCACAAGAAUCCUGAGGAAAUGCUGCCAGAAGGAUUCCUAGAAAGGAUCCAAGGGAGGGGGAUGAUAUGUGGGUGGGCGCCGCAGGUGGAGGUUCUUGCGCAUAAGGCAAUAGGAGGGUUUGUAUCUCAUUGUGGUUGGAACUCAAUCCUGGAAAGUUUGUGGUUUGGUGUGCCAAUUGUAACAUGGCCUAUGUAUGCUGAACAACAGCUAAAUGCAUAUAUGAUGAAGGAGCUGGGAUUAGCAGUAGCGUUGAGGUUGGAUUACAGGAGAGAUACAAGUGAUGUCGUGAUGGCAGAUGAGAUAGAGAAAGCUGUUCGGAUGGUCAUGGAUGGUGGCAGUGAGGUGAGAAGGAAAGUGAAGGAAAUGGCAGAGAUGGCUAGGAAGGCUAUUACGGAAGGUGGAUCUUCAAUCAAUUCAAUUGGAAGAUUAAUAGAGGAUAUGAUAGGCAACAACUGAUGUUUGACCUUAUAUGGUUCUCCACGAUCAGUUAAACCUCUAUUGUUUAAGGGGAAAAAAAAAAGAACUUUUUGCGAAAAUAUUUUACCUCUUUAGCAGUCGUUUCUGCUUAUUCUAAAUGACUCUUGAUGUUGUCCCACAAGUAGAGGGAGUUCGAUCUAAGUACAAUUAUCUGAUCCCUCAAUGGUGUAUGAAAUUAUCAAUUCUACAAUAUCAUUUUAUAAAUAUUUUUCAUUAGUCACUAUAUUAAA